AUGAACCACUUUCCGGAAGCAUGGGGCCGACCCAGAGACGAUGUCUACGGCGCCUACGACCAUUCAUACCUUCAAACGACUGGCCCCAAGGCUCACACCUCAUCUCCAGCCGUGACAGGAACCUCUGUGCUUGGCGUCAAGUUUAACGGUGGUGUCGUUCUGGCCACUGACAACCUCGCUUCCUACGGCUCUCUCGCCCGAUUCACAGACGUCAAGCGUCUCCGCGUCUUCGGCUCGAACGCCAUCGUCGGCUUCGGCGGCGACGUCUCCGACAUGCAAUACAUCGACCGCCUCCUCGCAUCGAUCGAUAUCCGCGAGAACUACUCCCAGCACGGCAACAUGCUCAAUGCCAAGAACCUACACACCUACCUUUCGAAAGUCUUCUAUAAACGGCGCUCCGAGUUCAACCCGCUCUGGAACCACGUCUUGGUCGCAGGCUACGACGGCGAGGGUGAGCCGUUCCUGAGUUCCGCGGAUCUGUUGGGAACGACCUUCUCCGCGCCUCAUCUCGCUACUGGAUUCGGUGCACACCUUGCUGUUCCUAUUCUGCGUCGUCUUUUCCCCGAGGAGAUGCCCCUAGAGGAGGUUAGCAAGGAGGCGGCUAUUGAUGCGUUGAAGCAGUGUCUCAAGGUCCUGUAUUACCGUGAUGCGCGGAGUAUGGAUAAGUACUCGAUAGCGGUUAUUACCAAGGAGGGUAUUGAUAUGAAGGAGAAUGAGGUGAUUGAGGGACAGAGCUGGGCUUUUGCUGAGAGAGUUAAGGGUUAUGGUGCUCAGACUAAGUAG